UAAAUUAUAUUAUUUGAACAACUGAGAACAUUAAAGUCGAACUAUAAUGAAGAAACAGUUUCAUUUGAAGCAAUAAUUGAAGCCGCUAUAAGUGCGGAAUCAUUAUUAACAACUGAAGUGAUUAGUUGCAUUUCCGCAGGUAAAAAAUGGCUUCUGAAGGACGCAAUUCAUGCGAAACUGAUGGGGAAGGCUUUUUUAAUUGCUUACAAUCUAAAACUUCUGGGAAAACAUACGACAAUCUGUACGAUUUUAUGAAAAUAACAACUGAACAACUUAGCCCAGAACAGACUUUUUUUGUACUUGAUUUCGCUGAUAUUCUAUGGAAAAUACAACUUUGGAAAGAGAAGCUUCCCAACGUCGUUCCUUUUUAUGCUGUAAAAGUUCAUUCGGAUCCUGUACUCGUCCGGUUAUUUGCAUUGCUUGGUUUUUCCUUUGACUGCUCAACCAAGGGAGAAAUAGAUUUAUUUCUUAAAAAUGGUGGAAAACCACAAAACGUAAUUUAUGCUCACACGAUCAAGCCAUAUUCUUCUCUGAAGUAUGCAAGUGAAGUUGGAGUCGACUUGAUGACUUUUGACAGUGAGGAAGAACUUCAGAAAAUAAAGAAAUUCUAUCCAACAGCAAGGUUGGUUAUAAGAAUAAAAGCUGAAAGCCCCAAAAGCUUGUAUUAUGAUUUGAAUACUAAAUACGGAUGUGCACAAGAGGAAGUAAAACAGCUUCUCAUCAAAGCUAAGGAUUUAGACAUGAACGUGGUCGGUAUAAGUUUCCAUGUUGGUGCAUGCUGUGCGGACCCUACAUCUUACUCCAAAACUAUACGUACCUGCCGAAUAUUAUUCGAUUUCGCUGAAGAGUUAGGAUUCCAUUUCACACUUUUAGAUAUAGGAGGGGGAUUUUGUGGAUCAAGAGAGAAAGAACAAUUUUUUGAUGAGGUCUCAUCAGAAAUUAGAAAUGGUGUGAAAAAAUAUUUUCCAGACAACAGUGUUCGCGUAAUAGCUGAGCCCGGAUGCUACUUUGUUGGUUCCGCUCAAAGAAAUGUAACUUGCGUACUAGGAAAAAAAACUGUCAAUAAGCUCCCACGUCAAGUUAACGGAGAUCAACAUGAAAUUGAGGAAAAUGGUGUAGAAAAACAUUACUUUGUAAAUGAUGGAUAUUAUGGUUCAUUUUUUCGGCAAUUUGAACUCUACGAUAUUUAUGCCAGACCUUUGUUGAAACAGGAGGAAAUCAAGAAACGACCAGUUUAUAAAAGUACAAUAUGGGGACAAACUUGUUGCAGCGAAGAUUACAUAAUGCCAGAAUGCACCCUCCCUGAAGUAACAGAUGGUGAAUAUCUCGUAUGGGAAAAUAUGGGAGCGUACAGUUUUGCUGUUGCCACUGAGUUUACUGUAGUCCCACUUCCACAAGCUAAGAGGGUGUUCAUUAAAAAUUCAAGGCUUCAAUUAGAUUGGAUUCAAAACUUGGAUGAAAUAACUAAUUUCCUGACAAAUAACGUAGUUCUCAUUGAAAAUGAAAGCUUUCCUUGAUGAAAUUCCAAAUUCUAUGCAUCCUUUAAGAUCUAAUUUUAUUGUAAUAAAAAUCUUCUAAAUAAAAAAGAUUUCUGUUUCGUC